AUGGAAGAUUCGAGACUACCAGUGUUUAAAGCGCUAGAAAGCAUGAUGGAUCUUGAGAGCAUCCUCUUCCUUAGUAUUUCAAUCUUUGUCUUCUGGGUUGUCGUCAGCGGCAUCUACAACCUCUACAUCAGCCCUCUGCGAAAGAUCCCGGGUCCACGCAUCAGAGCGCUCAGCAAUGUUCCGCGGAUAUGGGAGAUGAUGGCUGGACGAGAUGGCAUUGACCACAUCGACUUGCACCGAGUCUACGGCCCAAUCCACGAUAUAUACGGGCCACGCAAGGGUCAUGCCGCACCUCCGGCCAAGGACAAGUUGUUCUACCAACCGCCUUACAACGGCGUGGAUUCUAUCCUGGGUAUCGACGAUGAGGCCGCUCACAAACAGGAGCGCAAGAUCAUGUCUGCCGGCUUCAGCGAAAGAUCGUUGCGCGACCAGGAACCGCUACUAAAGAGCUGGGCGACGAAGCUGGGCGGAAAACUUCGUGAGCAAGCGAUCGCAGGCAACAAGGCCGAUUUGGUAAAGUUCUACAACCUGACGACGUUUGAUAUAAUGGCCGACCUCACCUUUGGCGAGAGUCUGAACAUGCUGGAGAAUGAGGAGUACACACCAUGGGUGCAGACCAUCUUCGCUUGGCUCAGCGCAGUCACCGCUCUUCGUGGCCUUCGUCUGCUUGGGCCAACACCGAGGUUGCUUAUCGACCGCAUCCUCAUGAGACUUCCCGCAGUCAGAAGACUCGACAAGGAACAUUGGGAAUACUCCACAGCACGAGUGCGAAAGCGUCUGCAACGAGAGCCUGAUCAUCCAGACCUCUGGAGCCACAUAUUGCAGAAGAGCGAUAUCAGUGGCACAUCGCUAGAAAGAAAUUUCUCGAAUGCAUCAGUGUUCAUGAUUGCGGGCACAGAGACCACAGCCACAGCAUUGUCGGGAACGACGUAUCACCUUCUGCGCAACCCUGCUUAUCUCUCCCGACUGAAGGAAGAACUCCGAUCACAAUUCUUUUCGACUGAGGAGCUCACAUUUGAAAGCCUAGCUCGCCUGCCCUACCUCCAUGCUGUACUUCAAGAAGGGAUGCGGAUGUAUCCACCAGUGCCAGCCAUACUACCACGAAUCGUACCAAAAGGCGGUCUUGCGAUUUGCGGCGAGUGGGUGCCUGCUGGAACGGUUGUCGGUGUGCACCAGCUGGCAACCUAUCGAAUGGAAGAGCACUUCUCCAAGCCGGAUGAGUUCCAUCCCCAGCGCUGGCUGAAGGACCUUGAGUUUGCAAAAGAUCAACUCAACGCUCUUGAGCCGUUCUCAGUGGGGCCGCGUGAUUGCUUGGGCAAGAAUCUUGCAUGGCAUGAGAUGCGAUUACUGCUUGCGACCGUGCUCUUCCAGUUCGACAUCCAGCUGUCUGUGGAGAGCGAAAACUGGGCGGAGCAAAGCAUCUAUACGUUGUGGCAAAAGAAGCCGUUGGUGUGCUCGCUGGAGGCGGCUGCACAAUAG